AUAUUAACUCCGCACAUGUUUAUGUGUUGAUUGUUUUUUGUCGUUUGAAGGUCGUCAAAAAAUGGAUAAGAACAAGAUUAGUGAAAUAAUGAGCAAGUUGUCGAAGAAUGGCAAAGGUGCCGGAGUGGGUCUUGGACUUUUGGCGGCCGCUGGUGGACUGUUGUAUGGCGUUUCUCAGGCUACUUAUACCGUUGACGGUGGUCACAGGGCCAUUAUUUUUAGUAGGAUUGGAGGUAUAAAGCCAGACAUUUACACUGAAGGCUUACAUUUUAGAGUUCCAUGGUUCCAAUAUCCAAUAAUAUAUGACAUCAGAGCUCGACCAAGAAAAAUUUCUUCUCCAACAGGAAGCAAAGAUUUGCAGAUGGUAAAUAUAUCUUUGCGAGUUCUGUCGAGGCCGGAUGCCAUGCAACUGCCCACCAUGUACAGACAGCUGGGAGUCGAUUAUGAUGAGAGGGUUUUGCCUUCUAUCUGCAAUGAGGUUUUGAAGAGUGUUGUAGCCAAGUUUAAUGCUUCACAACUAAUAACCCAACGUCAGCAGGUCAGUUUGUUAGUUCGUAAGGAGUUGAUCGAUCGAGCUCGAGACUUCAACAUCAUCCUCGAUGAUGUAGCAAUCACUGAACUUACUUUUGGCAAAGAGUACACUGCAGCUGUCGAAGCAAAACAGAUAGCACAACAAGAAGCACAAAGGGCUCAGUACAUUGUUGAGAAGGCAAAGCAGGAGAGACAGCAGAAAGUUGUUCAGGCAGAGGGAGAGGCCAAAGCAGCUAAACUGAUUGGUGAAGCAAUUUCAAAGAAUCCAGGCUACCUGAAAUUGAAGAAGAUAAGAACAGCCCAAAACAUUGCUAGAACUAUAGCAGCUUCUAGGAACAGAGUAUAUGUUCAAUCUGGAAGCUUGAUGCUGAAUGUGAGUGACAAGGAAUUCGAUGAAAAUCUUGAAUCCCAGUUGGUCAGGGGGAAGAGGAGAUAAUUUGAUGAAUUAAUUAUGUUAAUCAGCUGUGCUAAUUAUGUUGAUUAGUUGGUUAAUUAAGCCAAGUUAUUAAUCAUUCUGCUAACUACUGUUUUCUGGCUUAUAAUUAUUAUUGUUGAUGAAAGAGUGUAGAAGUUGGAAUGUUAUGUUACAUGAUAUUGUUGCAUUUUUUGUUGAUGUGUUGUUAUUUUUAGGUUAUGUCUCAUAAAGUUUUGAAAGCUUUUUUGUUAUAAAUGUAUGUGUUGGUAGGGUUGUACAAAUGUACACCUACAUGUACACAUAGGUACAUACAUAUACAUACAAUACAAUCAUUGCAUCCACGCACGUAUACCGAUGUUUCUAGAAUUUUCUAAUUAAAUUUUUAACAACAUAAAUUAACAAAACGGAGCUUUCUUUGUUAUUUAUUUCAUUUUUUUGGCCUCAACAGAAGAAAUAUUACAUGUAUAAGUUGU